UGUUUUUGUUUUUCAUCAAUUGUAUGGGCAUUGGGCAUUUUGAUUUUGUUAUUUACUAUUUAGUUAUAUUUUUACAUACACCCAUAAUAGGUUCUUCGUAUCUACUAUCUAUACACAUUUCUAUUGUGUUGUAUAUAGGUAAUAGGUAUAUUUAUACUUAUUUUUAAUACCUAUAUGGUUAUAUUAAAGAGUUGUUGAAUAAACCGAAUCUAAGGAAUAUAAUAUCUGUUUUAAAUUUCGUUUUUUGACAAUUCUAAACUGUUUACGUUGUGUUAAACUUAUACUUCCGUAUUUUAUUUUAUUUUAUAACAAUGGUUAAUUCAAAUGCAUUAUUUUUAUUAUUUCAUAUAGCUUUUAUUUCCACCAUAAAAUCUGCUGCAAGUAUAUCAUGUUACCAAUGCAACAGUACUGACAUCAAUGAUCAAUUUCGUUGCACCGAGUUCAUGGAUACAUACGGCCUAGACCCCCAACCCUGUACAAGUGUUUACAAUGCUGCUUAUUGUGUGAAAUUGAUAGGCCGCUAUGAAGGAGGACUCGGAGUUACUCGUUACUGUUCAUCUCAUAAUUUAGGAAAUUACUGCAAUUAUGUUCAAAGGCCAGGUGAUGUAUUAGAAUAUCGAACAUGUGUUUAUACUUGUGAUUCUGAUGGCUGUAAUGGUUCUAGCCAAGUUAAGUUAUUUGCUUAUUUGAUAUGUUUAUCUUUUUUGCCRUGGUUUAGAAAUCUUUUAUCUUAGAUAUUAACAUUGCCAAAAUAAUCAAGUAUAUAAGUAGGUUACUUAUAGUAUUUACAUUUUAACUGUUAUAAUUAUAAUUCAUUAUUUUUUAUAUAAAUUGAUCAAUGGGUAUACUAUGAUGAGUUCAAUAAUUUAAAUAUAUUGCCUUUUGAUAUUCACAUAAUUUCCUGACCUUGAAAGUAAGGGUAUUUAAUAAUCAACAUACAUUUGUUAUGAUUGGAUUUUAUAUUAUUUUUAUUUUAUAGAGUUAAUGCCWAUUGGCUUUUUACAAUAUUAUAAAAAUAAGUCACAUCCACUUAAUAAUAAGUAUCAAUAUGUUUGUUAAAUAUUUUUUUAGUUUUGAAAUCAUAUGGAUAACAUUUCAUUAAACGAAUAGAUUUUUUUUUACGUAGUGUAUAUUUUUCCAUGAUACGGAUGUCCAUAUUAUGUAACUAAUAUGUUACUUUCAGCAUACCAAAACUGCAUAUUAUUAAUCACUACAAAUAAUUAUUUAUUUUACAUAUUAUUUUAAUAUUAC